AUGGAUCAGGACGAUCUAUUUGAUGUUUUUGACGAGAAAAAUACUGACCUGGCUCUGCCGGAAGAGGUAACAGACGUGCCCGAAAGCAAACCAAGUGUUGAAGUUUCAAAGUCAGUCGAUACUGACUCGAAAAAGCGUUCCCUGGACAGUGAAAGCAACGAGGUCUCGGCAACAGACCGCGAAGAUAAUAGUGACGCAACACUAGAAGCAAAUAAACGGAUCAAGGGUGGUAAGAAACUACUGGAUAAGAAAAAGAAGUCUGAUGUUGUUCCUGUAGUUGCAGAUUCCUUUGAGCAAGAAGCCUCUCGUGAGGUUAAUGCAUCAAAUGGACUAGGAGCUGGUGAUGCCUUACAGCUUGAAGAAGAUGGGAAAGUGAAGCUUUCGCAUCAAGUCAGACAUCAAGUUGCUUUACCGCCGAACUAUAACUACCUCCCCAUCGGUGAGCACAAACGUACCAACGAAGCCAGAACGUACCCAUUCACUUUGGAUCCUUUCCAAGAUACUGCUAUCUCCUGUAUCGAUAGAGGAGAGUCUGUUUUGGUAUCAGCCCAUACUUCUGCAGGUAAAACUGUAGUUGCAGAGUAUGCCAUAGCACAGUCUAUGCGUGAAAAGCAAAGGGUAAUCUAUACAUCACCCAUAAAAGCUCUUUCAAAUCAAAAAUAUAGAGAACUGCUCGCUGAUUUCGGAGAUGUAGGUUUAAUGACAGGUGAUAUAACCAUCAAUCCGGAUGCUGGAUGUUUAGUUAUGACUACAGAGAUUCUGAGAAGCAUGCUUUACAGAGGUAGUGAAGUCAUGAGAGAAGUUGCGUGGGUGGUAUUUGACGAGGUUCACUAUAUGAGAGACAAAGAACGUGGUGUCGUAUGGGAAGAAACCAUUAUACUUUUACCGGACAAGGUCCGCUAUGUUUUCCUCUCUGCCACAAUUCCCAAUGCCAUGGAAUUUGCAGAAUGGAUUUGCAAGAUUCAUUCACAACCUUGUCAUAUUGUUUACACAGAUUUUCGCCCGACCCCACUUCAACACUAUCUAUUCCCUGCUCAUGGUGACGGUAUUCACUUGGUUGUCGAUGAGAAAAGUACAUUUAGGGAAGAAAAUUUUCAGAAAGCAAUGGCGUCCAUAAGUAAUCAGAUAGGGGACAGUUCGGACUCUGUAAACUCGAGAGGCAAGAAGGGUCAAACUUUCAAAGGGGGGUCACCGAAAUCUGACUCCAAAGGUGACAUUUACAAGAUUGUCAGAAUGAUCUGGAAGAAAAAAUACAAUCCAGUCAUCGUAUUUUCCUUCAGCAAAAGAGACUGUGAAGAGCUUGCUCUAAAAAUGUCCAAGUUAGACUUCAACACUGAGGAAGAGAAAGACGCUCUCACAAAGAUAUUCACCAACGCUAUUGAUCUUCUUCCAGAAAUUGAUCGCGAUCUACCUCAAAUUAAGCAUAUCCUUCCUCUUCUGAGGAGAGGAAUUGGUAUCCACCAUUCCGGACUCCUGCCCAUCCUCAAAGAGGUAAUUGAAAUUCUCUUUCAAGAAGGUUUUCUUAAAGUUUUAUUUGCUACUGAGACUUUUUCCAUUGGGCUGAAUAUGCCCGCAAAAACUGUUGUAUUUACUAGUGUCAGAAAAUGGGAUGGUAAACAGUUCCGUUGGGUUUCUGGCGGUGAAUAUAUUCAAAUGUCGGGACGUGCCGGUCGUCGUGGUUUAGAUGACCGUGGUAUUGUGAUUAUGAUGAUUGAUGAGAAAAUGGAACCACAAGUCGCUAAAGGUAUGGUUAAGGGUCAGGCUGAUAGACUCGACUCUGCCUUCCACUUGGGUUACAACAUGAUUUUGAACUUAAUGAGAGUAGAGGGCAUAUCGCCAGAGUUUAUGUUGGAACACUCGUUCUUUCAAUUUCAAAAUGUGACUUCUGUACCUGUCAUGGAGAAGAAACUGAGCGAGUUAGUCAAAAAAUCGGACCAAAUCGUUAUCGAAGACGAGCAGAACAUCAAAGACUACCACGAAAUUCAAAAGACAUUGAACGAUUACGCCGAAGACAUUCGUCAUAUCAUAACCCACCCGGCCAACAUUCUAAGCUUCCUACAACCUGGGAGAUUAAUCGAGGUGGAAAUUGAUGGAAGGACGAAUUACGGAUGGGCUGCGGUUAUCGAUUUUGCAAAAAGAACAAACAAGCGUGACCCUAUGGCUACGUAUACGGACCAUGAAUCGUACAUCGUGAAUGUGGUAGUCAACUCAAUGUACGCCGAUGCUCCGGUGAAUUUACUCAAACCAUUUAAUCCAUCUUUUCCCGAAGGAAUAAGACCCGCCCACGCUGGCGAGAAAUCCAUUGCAGCAAUAUUACCCAUUACUUUGAGCUCGAUAAAGAGUGUUGGUAAUUUAAGAUUGUACAUGCCAAGUGACAUUCGUGCAAGUGGCCAACGGGAAGUUGUGGGGAAAUCUCUAAAAGAAGUCAGACGCAGAUUUCCGGAAGCUGUUCCACUCAUUGAUCCCAUCAAGAAUAUGAAGAUUGAGGAUGAUGAUUUCAAAAAACUACUACAGAAAAGCGCAGUUCUAAAGGCAAAACAGGGAAUGAAUCCACUCGCAGGAUCUGUCAAGUUAGAUGACAUGUAUCGCAAAUACAGCGAAAAAGCUGAUUUGAACAACGAAGCCAAGAAGCUAACAAAGCAGAUCAAUGAGGCGCAAGCCGUAAUUCAACUGGACGAUUUACGUCGCCGCAAAAGAGUUCUGCGUCGCCUUGGCUUCUCAACCCAGAAUGAUGUAAUUGAACUCAAGGGUAGAGUCGCCUGUGAAAUAUCGAGUGGUGACGAACUGCUUCUUACUGAGCUUAUAUUCAACGGUAACUUUAACGAUUUAACUCCCGAACAAGCAGCCGCCUUACUGUCGUGUUUUGCUUUCCAGGAACGUUGUAAAGAAUCACCAAGAUUAAAACCCGAGCUUGCAGAGCCUUUGAAAAACAUGAGAGAGGUCGCGGCGAAGAUCGCCAAAAUCGUUAAAGACUCCAAGAUCGAGAUUGUUGAGAAGGAUUACGUGGAAAGCUUUAGGCAUGAACUUAUGGAGGUCGUUUUCGAAUGGUGCAAAGGAGCCACUUUCACCCAGAUUUGCAAAAUGACAGACGUUUACGAGGGCUCUUUGAUAAGAAUGUUCAAGCGUUUGGAAGAACUCAUCAAGGAGCUGGUGGAUGUCGCUAACACCAUCGGUAAUGCCACGCUCAAGGACAAAAUGGAAUCUGCUCUCAACUUGAUUCAUAGAGACAUUGUAUCAGCGGGUUCGUUAUACUUAUAG